CUUCCUAUCACUCUCGCGCUUCCGUGGCUCUCCUUCACUCCACAGCUCCCUCUCCCGGAUCCACGGCUGCCUUGGCGGUUUCCGAACUCUUUCGUAUUCUUCACGGCGCUGGAAGAGCCCGAAAACGUCGCCUAUUUAUUCGCCAGUUUCCGAGAGCCAUGCGGACAUAAAUAUCAUAUAGGGAGAGUACUUAACGGCCAAACUCAGUCCUCAUCUUGGGUUUCCUUCUCAGGAUGAUCUCUGCUUCUCGGGAAGCUCUCGGAUAGGAAUCAGCCGGAAUUGGAGCUUCCCGAAGGUAAAGAUCGGAUCUUUUCGCUGUUUUCGAUCUAAAGAUGCGAUCUUGGAGUUUGUUCUGAGGGAAGUGUAGUAGUUUUUCUGGAAUUCGAACUCCCACAAGUUUUGCUCGAAUUUUGUGGAGUUCUUGUUGCGGAAUUGGUAUUGGAUUGAGUGGAAUACUUGGGAUUGAAGUCGCCAGAAGUGAAAAAAAUCUCUUUUUUGGCGGCUCUUCUGAUCUGGUUAAGAUGCAAGAUAGGGUUUUGACAUCGGAGGAUGGCAAGGAUUCUUCGCAGAGGACCCAGUCAAGGGUUUUUCCGUCGAGGAUUCUCAAGUUUCUCACGCUGUUCGUGGUUCUGGGUGUCGGAUUCUGUGUCCUCGCCACGUAUAUAACUUGGUAUUUUAACCUUCGGGCGAUUGGAUUCCACGCUCUCCCUGUCAUCAAGCCCUGCGUCGUGGAGGAGCAGAGUGAACUUAGACGUUGGAUCAAGCCUCCGCCCAGCCUGAUGCACAACAUGAGCGAUGAGGAGCUCUUUUGGCGUGCUUGCUUUGCUCCUCAGGUGCAGAAGUAUCCGUUUAAGAGGGUUCCCAAGGUUGCCUUCAUGUUCUUGACUAGAGGACCUCUGCCCCUGUCUCCACUUUGGGAGAAGUUCUUUAAAGGGCAUGAGGAACUUUACUCCAUUUACAUCCAUUCCCUGCCAGGUUAUCAGCCCAACUUCCUGCCAUCCUCAGUCUUUUAUAAGAGGCAGAUCCCUAGUAAGGUAGCUGAGUGGGGGAAGAUGAGCAUGUGUGAUGCAGAGAGGCGGCUCCUUGCAAAUGCAUUGCUUGAUCUAUCCAAUGAAUGGUUUGCCCUGCUAUCCGAGUCAUGCAUUCCUCUAUACAACUUCAACAUUACCUACCAAUACUUGAUGAGGUCUAGGUACAGUUUUGUUGGAUCAUUUGAUGAUCCUGGUCCUCAUGGAAGGGGACGGUACAACCCGAGGAUGACACGUGAGGUCAACAUUACACAGUGGCGUAAAGGGGCUCAGUGGUUUGCAGUGAAUCGAAAACUUGCAAUCGAUAUAGUCAGUGAUGCCAAAUAUUACCCAAAGUUUAGAGAUUUCUGCAGGUCAUCAUGCUAUGUGGAUGAGCACUACUUUCCCACCAUGCUUACAAUAGAGUCGCCACAUCUUAUGGCAAAUAGAACUGUCACCUGGGUAGACUGGUCAAGGGGAGGGGCACACCCUGCAACUUUUGGAAGGGCAGAUGUUACUGAAGCAUUUUUAAAGAAGAUUCUUAAGCGCAAGAGUUGUUUUUACAAUGAUCAGCCGUCGUCAGUUUGUUUCCUCUUCGCUCGCAAGUUUUCUCCAAACACCUUGGAGCCUUUGCUACAAUUUGCACCCAGUUUGCUUGGGUUUAAAUAAUUAGCAGUGAAGUAGUCGAAUAGGUUUAUGAGGAGGUGUGUGUGUGCGAGUUAUUAAAAAUUACUAGGUAAUUUUACGGCCAAAAUAUAUAUUCAAGUAAAUUGUUAAAUAUAUAACCAAUUUCUUAUUUACAGCAAAUUAUCAGAUGCAAGGUUUACCAUACAACUCAGAUUACAGGUUACAAUUGCAAGUUUUCUUGUACAAGGUAAUCUGUUCUUUUCAUGUUAACUUCAUCCUUUUAAGAUUCUUUCACAGCUAGCCUUUACAAUAUCUAUUUUCACUCUUAUUAGAAUUUUAGGUUUUUGUCAAAUGUUUCAAUUUUGAGGAAUAUUGUAGCCUGUGAUCUUGGAGAACAAUUGAUGAAUUGUAUUAUAGAGGCCCCCAAAGCUUCCGGCCAGUGGCUGUAAAAAGAGUCCACUAUUGUCAUUGAUCAAACAACACAAGAAUAGAUUUGUUUCAUGUUUUCUCCAA